AUGACCUACGAUAGCAUCAAUACGCCUGUCGACAUGCGUGCUCGUGUUGAGGACGCUGAGGACGAGGACGAUGCCACUGCCAUCCUCAGCCCUGUGUCUAUCAAUACGAUCAACUAUAUUCCUGCUUUGAUUGCCCCCAACAUGAACGUCAGGCACACCAACAAGCGCAGGCGCGGGGAGACUGAGAGUGAGGAGAAUGAGGACGAUGAACAGGAUGUGACUGCUGCCUCGGCGUCAAAGAGGGGCAGGACCGAGGAAGACGUCCCGGUCCUCACCCAGCAUGCCGCCCAUUUCCAGCAACUCCAGCACCCCCACCCCCAAGUCGGCGCCCUCAUCCACAUGUGGAAUAUGCUUCCUCGCCUCUCCCCGCUCCAAGUCAACUUCUUGACUGCCCUCCACAUCCAAGUUGCCCGCUACACCCAGCUGGCUGGCGAGAGAGACAGAAUUCUGAGUGGCAACUACAACAAGGACGACCCGGCCACGUCCCUGCCCAUGACGUUUGCCCCCCCGCCCUUCCCCGAGCUCCAUACAUUUUGGUACCACAACGACUUGGCAACAGCUGUGUGGUCUGGCGUUGACAACUCGCUCUUCCACCCCAUCUGGCCGGCCCCGACCCCGGGCCUUCCCUGGCAUAUCUGGGUGAAUACCGAACUCGGCUUCCUCCUCAACUGGACCAAGGGCGAGGAGCACAUGCGUCACCUCGCCAAGAUGCUCGUCGACGACGCCGCAAACGCGCGUCUGGCUCCCGAGCCAACCCCCUGGGGCUGA